UUUCAGUUUUUUUCCUUAGUGAUUGCAUGUGCCACUUCUGUCUCUUAAUUUCUAACCACCCAGUCUUAACAAUUUAGAGUUGUUUUCUUUUCUCUAUGUAUGUAACUGACAGAGGUUCCAAGUAAUGAACUCUAUUGUAAAGAAUUAAUCUGGAAGUGUAAAAUGGAAUUUCAAAAUGCACAUGAUAAAAGAAGUUGCAUUUAAUUUCUCCUUAUGCUUAAAUAAUAAAUUCAUUUAUAACAUUAUAUCCUAGAAAAAUAAUUCUGCAUAGGGCGCAACUUGAAUCUAAUUAGAGAACUGCUGUAUUAUAGAAAUGCAUUCCACACAGAGUAGUUUCUGUAUUUAUCAGAUAAGCAGUAUGCAUCAUGGACUAAGGAUUUAAUUAAUGUUUCAAGACACUGAAAGGUAAGCACUUUAAUAAUUCUAGAUUAAUUUUUCCAUAUAUAGAAAAAUGGAAGAAUGCUAACAUAUCUAUUCAAUUUUCAGUUUUGAUUUGAUUUCACCUUGAAGUGUUAGAUACUUCUCAAAGAGCCUAUUUGAACCAAAAUUGUAACAACUUCAUUGAAGGGUAUCAAGGGCCACAUUCUACCACUAGUCAAAUUUAUAGAGCUUCAGGGAUGCAGCAGAGAGCAGGGUUUCCCUCAUAAUUUGAAUCAACUAAACACCUGCUAUCUGGAGAAAGACACAAAUGAUAAGGAAUUGGAUACUACCUCAGAUGUGACAAAAGUAUGUCGUCAGUAGCAACUAAAGCAGAACACAAAACAUAUUGCUACUGUAGUUGUGCACAUCUGCAUAUCUGAAAUUAGAAACUGUUCCUAACAGACAAUGAGCCAUGGCUCCCUAUUUGAAGCUGUUGGCAGAGCUGUUCAACGUGUUUACUUGCUCAAACAUAAAAUGAUCUCUUAAAUUGCUAAAACAGAUUGUAGAGGAAAUUGGCAGGAGGAGAUGUUAACAGGGCCCAGAGCUGCAUUUGCAGGAUUCGCAGUGCAAAGCCUGCAGAUACUUGUCUCCAGCGGCUUCUUUUCCUCCAUUGAAUUGAAGUGAAGAAGAAGAAUAGGGAACAGGAAAAAAUAACAGCAACAUUAAUGUCUACAUUUCAACCAUCCAUCAAACCAACCUUCUAUGAAGAGACUGGACUAAACCACCCUGAACUCCAGAAGCAGUCAGCAUAAAUCACAGAAGUAAAUAUUCUGCACCGGUUGACAUAAGGAUAUCUUUCAGUUUCAUUGCAGCUGGAGUCAGUGACUUCAUACUGAAAGAGGCUGGUUUUGAGACUGCAGACCAUGGCAGUUUGUAACAGUGAAGGAACGUACAUGUCUGUGUGAAUACAUAGCCACGUACACUUAUAAAGACUGUCAAGUGCUGCCUAAAAAAGGAAGGAGCCGUGGUGGCAUUAAGUGCAGUAGAGGACACAAAUCCAGGCAUGCUGGAGGAUCUGAGCUGUUUCAGCCAGCACUGAACCUUUUCAGAGUUUUCAUUGUUGUUUCCUGCAAAGUAUUAAAAUGCGAGUGUCUGUCAUUCAGGACCUCAGGGAGGAUGAAAAUGAAAAUGGAGAAGAAGAAGAAAAGGUCUUCCUCAAGCCUGUUAUUGAGGACAGAAAUAUGGAACUGGCCCGAAAAUGCAGUGAAUUAAUAAGUGAUAUACACUAUAAAGAAGAGUUUAAAAAAUCUAAAGGCAAGUGCAUAUUUGUACCUGACACCCCGCAGCUAAAACAUGUGAAAAGUCUCGGUGCUUUUAUUUCUGAGGUGAAGUACAAAGGAGCUGCUAAGAAAGACCUUUCUAACUCUCUUUAUCAGCAGAUGCCAGCCACAAUUGACAGUGUAUUUGCAAAAGAAUUAAUGCAGCUUCAGAGCAAGGUUCUCUAUAAACAAAAACAUGAUGCUGAGAAAGGAACUUCAGAUUACGCACGAAUGAAGGAGCCUCCAGAUGUUAAGCAUGCCAUGGAAGUCAGUAAACACCAGAGCGAUGUAUCCUAUAAGAAGGAUGUGCAAGAUACUCAUAGGUACACUGAAGUGCUGAACAGGCCAGACAUAAAGAUGGCAACUGAGAUAACAAAGAUAAUAAGUGAUGCUGAGUACAAGAAAGGGAGGGGAGAGAUGAAUAAGGAGCCUGCUGUACUUGGAAGACCAGAUUUUGAGCAUGCCAAAGGAGUUUCAAAACUUUUAAGCCAAGUGAAAUACAAAGAGCAGUUCAAUAAGGAAAUGAAGACUCACCAGUAUAAUCCUCUCGACAGUGCUUCCUUCAAGCAAGCAAAGAUUGCAUCCACCUUGGCAAGUGAUGUGAAUUACAAGAAAGAUUUGGAAAACCUACAUGAUCCAGCAUCUGAUCUACCAAACCUGCUAUAUUUAAACCACGCUUUAAAUAUCAGCAAAACGCACAGCGAUGUCAAGUACAAAGAGAAUUAUGAAAAAUCUAAAGGCAGAUCAAUGCUGGAGUUUGUGGAUACACCAAUGUAUCAAGUUUCAAAAGAGGCUCAAAAGAUGCAAAGUGAGAAAAUGUAUCGCAAAGAUUUUGAAGAAGGGAUUAAGGGAAGGCCCUCACUGGAUUUAGAUAAGACCCCAGAAUUCUUGCAUAUAAAGCAAGUCACUAACCUUCUGAAAGAGAAAGAGUAUCGAAAAGAUUUGGAAGAAGGGAUGAAAGGAAAAGGAAUGACAGUGUUUGAAGAUACACCAGAUUUGAUUAGAGUGAAAAAUGCAGCUCAGAUACUAAAUGAGAGACAAUACAAGAAAGACCUGGAAACUGAAAUUAAAGGGAAGGGCAUGGAAGUUGGUCCAGAUACACCUGAGAUAAGACGAGCCAAGAAAGCUUCAGAAAUUGUGAGCAUGAAAGAAUACAAGAAAGACUUGGAGAAUGAAAUUAAAGGAAAGGGAAUGGAAGUGAGCACAGAUACCCUUGAUAUACAACGAGCCAAAAAAGCUUCUGAAAUUGUCAGCCAGAAAAUGUACAAAGAUGAAGCAGAAAAGAUGCUCUGUAACUAUUCUACUGUCCCUGACACUCCUGAGAUGGAGAGGAUAAGAAAUACUCAGAAAAACAUCAGUUCAGUAUUUUAUAAGAAGGAAGUAGGAGCUGGCACAGCUGUAAAAGAGACUCCAGAGAUCGAAAGAGUAAAGAAAAAUCAACAGAAUAUUAGUGCGAUUAAAUACAAGGAAGAAAUUCAGCAUGCAACAACUAUUUCUGAUCCACCGGAACUAAGGAGGGUUAAGGAAAACCAGAAGAAUAUUAGCAAUGUCCAAUACAAAGAACAGCUCUGCAAAGCUACACCCGUGAGUGUCACCCCUGAGAUGGAGAGAGUCAAGAGGAAUCAAGAGAAUGUCAGCAUGGUUCACUACAGAGAGCAGCCUGGCAAAGCUACUGCUGUGAGUGUCACUCCUGAGAUAGAGAGGGUCAGGAAGAAUCAAGAUAACAUCAGCUCGGUCAAGUACAGCAGUGAUCAGAGGCAGAUGAAAGGUAGACGUAGUGUGCUUCUAGACACACCUGAGCUAAGGCAUGUCAAAGAAACUCAAAACAACAUCUCAAUGGUAAAAUACCAUGAAGAUUUUGAGAAGACAAAAGGCAGAGGCUUCACCCCAGUGGUAGAUGAUCCUAUAACAGAGCGUGUACGGAAAAACACCCAAAUCGUGAGUGAUGCAGCAUAUAAAGGUGUGCAUCCACAUAUUGUUGAAAUGGAUAGAAGACCUGGAAUAAUUGUUGCCCCUGUUCUCCCUGGGGCAUAUCAGCAAAGCCAGACUCAAGGAUAUGGAUACAUGCACCAGACCAGUAUGUCAUCCGUGAGGUCCAUGCACUCACAGCCUCAUUCAGCAAGUCUGGGUGGAGAGAGUACCAUUCCUUUUCAACAGAGAACAUACAGAGCUAUGUAUGACUACAGCGCUCAAGAUGAAGAUGAAGUUUCCUUCAGGGAUGGUGAUUAUAUCAUCAAUGUGCAACCAAUUGAUGAUGGCUGGAUGUAUGGUACUGUUCAGAGAACUGGGAAAACAGGAAUGCUUCCAGCAAAUUAUAUUGAGUUUGUUAACUAAUUUUUGUCUCUAGUCCUUUGAGCUUUAUUAUGAUUUACUCAAAAUCUAAGCUUUUAGAAAAAAGUCAGAAGAAUCUUUUAAGACUACAUGAUCAUUACGUUAUCACUGCUAUAACAGUUUGCAUUCUCACUCAGAAUCCAAUUUAGAGUUCUUUACAGAUAAAUAAACCAUAAGAAGCUCAGAGCUUCUUAUGAAAAUAGCAUGCCUUAUAAUCAUGCUCUCUCAAAAUGAAAAACAUAUUUGGAAGCGUGGUGCUUCCAAUCCUAUAAAAAUUUUGGACAAUUACCUGUAAAGGGGAAAUACCUUUUCCCUACACAUCAAAGAAGUUAUUUCUCUUUGUAAAACCAACCAUAAAAUUGAUGCACUUCUGGCACUCUGAAGUCACAGGAGGUUAACACACUGAAUUUGAACACAAAUUAUUUGAACUUCAAAUUAUUAGGAAGGUGUUUAAUGUUUGAGCAGUUACCAUCCUAAUAAAAAGUAAAAUGUUUAGUAG